UGUUGCGAGGCAUUGGAGAAAACUGGCGACUAGACCGGGAGCUUAACGGCAUUUGCUCGAUUUCGUUUCUUCACUGUAGCUAAAAGUUAUUCGUAUUUCCAAGUGAGCUUUUUAAAAAAAAUUGUAGUCGGAAUGUCAGAUUUCGACGAGUUUGAAAAGCAGCUGAGCGAGAAUCGCCAGGAAAGAGAAAAAGAACGGCACAGAAAGAGAAGCCGGAGCAGAUCUCGGAGUCGCAGUGUGAAGCAUCGGAGCUGGGGCAGAGAGAAGAGGAGUCGCAGCCGAGAUCACCAAAGUAAGAGCAGAGACGGGCGCAGCGCUUCGAGGGAGCGCAACAAGCACAGCUAUUCACCUAGAAGAUCCCGGAAGAAAAGGGCGUCCAAAUACUGGGAUGUUCCCCCAGCAGGAUUUGAGCACAUCACGCCAAUGCAGUACAAAGCAAUGCAAGCUGCUGGCCAGAUCCCCACCACAGCACUGCUGGCUACGACAACAGCCUGUGGACUGGCUAUCACACCCACCCAAGUGCCUGUGGUUGGCAGCCAGAUGACGCGCCAGGCUAGACGGCUGUACGUGGGGAACAUCCCGUUUGGGGUGACCGAGGAAUCUAUGGCCGAUUUCUUCAAUGCCCAGAUGCGUCUAGCUGGCCUGUCACAGGCGCCAGGCAACCCGGUAUUGGCGGUCCAGAUAAACCAAGAUAAGAACUUUGCUUUUCUCGAAUUUCGCUCCGUGGAUGAAACAACCCAGGCGAUGGCUUUCGAUGGAAUCCUAUUCCAGGCCCAGUCCUUGAAAAUUCGAAGGCCGCACGAUUACCAGCCCCUCCCAGGGAUUUCAGAGCAGCCCUCCUGUCACGUCCCAGGUGUUGUCUCUACGGUGGUCCUGGAUUCUCCACACAAGCUCUUCAUUGGAGGUUUGCCUAAUUAUCUCAAUGACGAUCAGGUUAAGGAGUUACUGACCUCCUUUGGUCCGUUGAAGGCCUUCAACCUGGUGAAAGACAGCUCAACGUCGCUCUCUAAAGGGUACGCCUUUUGUGAAUACGUGGACAUCAGUUUGACCGACCAGGCAGUCGGUGGACUGAACGGCAUGCAGCUUGGAGACAAAAAACUGAUCGUACAGCGGGCGAGUGUUGGCGCAAAAAAUGCCAAUCCGAUGGCCAUCAUUCAGACUCCUGUAACUUUACAAGUGCCAGGCCUGCAAACGCUGCAGAACACUGGCAUGCCAACGGAGGUGCUCUGCCUGUUAAAUAUGGUCAUGGCGGAGGAGCUGGUGGAUGAUGAGGAAUACGAGGAGAUCUUGGAAGACAUUCGGGAGGAGUGCGGCAAAUAUGGAAGCGUGAGGUCCAUUGAAAUCCCCCGCCCUGUGGACGGCCUUGAAGUGCCAGGGUGUGGCAAGAUAUUUGUGGAGUUUGCUUCAGCGUCGGAUUGCCAGAAAGCCAUGCAAGCUUUGACGGGGCGUAAGUUUGCCAACAGAGUGGUGGUCACCAAAUACUACGACCCGGACUUGUACCACAGGCACGAGUUCUGAGGCGGAGGGCGCGGGUUGGACUCCCUCCUCGCCUCAGUCCUGUGCGGCGCUCGCCUCGACUCCUUUGGCCUCUCCAUGUAAAGGAGUGCAAGUCCUCUUAUUCCCUUUGACUGUUUAAAGUAAAAUGUAUUCACGUACGUAUAGCUGAUGCUCCUGAUUUCUUUUCUUAUUAUUUUGUUUUUCUUCAGUUAAACAUAGAGAAAUGUCUGGUACAGAUGUCCUGCAUUGUGAGAAUGUGAAAAGCUGAAUUUCUGCGUGAACUUUGAAUAAAUGACUUAUGACGUUUGGAAAAGCAAA